UCUCUGAUACGCUCUAAUUGUACCACACCUGGAAAUAUGCAGUUGGCUGUUAUUAAGGGUGCCAUUCAUCCACGGUGUUUGCAUGUACAGUAUACCCGUAUCAAGACAGGCAGCACGACACAGCUAUACUGUUCCCACUUACAAAAAGGCAGGUAAUCUCAAGUGGCAAUCGCGCUUUUCAUUGUAUUGGUUUUAGUUUCGCUCUGGAACACACUGAUAAAGAGAUCUGAUUAAAGAUGAUAAGUACUGUAGUAUUGGCGGUACACACCAGAUAAACCCCGUCAGUAUCACUGUGACUCAGAGAAGGCGUGUUUUAUGGUUUUCGUUUAUUUCAUUUGAUUCUAUUGUAGACUGAUACAGGUGUGAAGAGUUUUCUGGUAAACGCUUUUGGCAAAACCAAUACAAACCUUUUUUUUUUUUUUUUUUUAAUGUCUCUUUUGAUUCCCCGAGCUGUACAGUUUGAUUGAAGUCAGUUGUAACUGCCCACUGCUGCAAGCUGUAACCAUAGCAUUGGGCUCACAGAAUAGCUGGAUGUCGCCUGUGGCCCUGAAUCUAAAACCUGGAAUGUAAAGCAAGUGCGCUCCAGGCACUGCUCUCCAUGUACAGACAUAUGGCUCCGUGUUCAGGGAGACAGUCCAGGCUUUUCAACUCACACCCCAAUGCAUUCUGACACAGCAUUCCUAUAGGCCUCCAUGCAAACCUGUCUGAGGGCCUCCCAGUCUGUGACACGCUCCCAAAGGGCUCUUCCCUUGUGAACGAGGAUGGAUAUUUCCAUGGGAAGAUGGGAUUCAGGAAGGCAUUAAGGAACGGGCAGUUGAAGAUGAUAGAAGUGGAGCAGGAAUUGAAGGCCCAGGUCCAGCUGUUCUGUGAACUGACUGGUCAGCUACCUCAUCACAUGGACGGUCAUCAGCAUGUCCAUGUGCUGCCAGGAGUGCGGGAUGUGUUCGCGAGGGUGCUGUCGGAUCAUCAGAUCCGAUUCACGCGGGUCCCCAUUGAGCCCGGGCUUCACCACUGCACCUGGCUCAGCCCCCAGCUCCGGGGGUUUUACCUGCAAGUGGAGCAGGACUCCCUCGACUCCGUCCCGGUGUUUCUGAAGCACGGCAUCAGGUGGCCCCACGCCUAUAUUGGUCUCACCACAAUGGGUAAGAGCAUGUCUGUGGCCAGUCUAAGAACAGCCCUGCAGAAUGCUGUAGGGACACCAUCACCCCUGUCCAGCAGAGAGAAUGCAGAGCCGCGCUCUCGGUGUGAUCUCACAGCGGUGCCUGGCAGCUCCCUCAAGGGGGACGGCACGAUGACAGUGGAGCUCAUGGUGCACCCGGGCUACCCCAGCCUGCCCCAGGAAGGGGGGUGCGGCGAGGGUCCCGACGACUUCUCCCAGUCCCUGGACCGUCUGCACGAGCUGCGCACGCUAACCGACCCCGAGCUGCGCUGCCUAUACAAGGAGAAAAACAUCCAGCUGUGUGCGUUUAGAGACCUGUAGGUGGCGCACACUUACAUGCAAGCCAUGCAGGGUGCUGAGAGUGGCACCCUGCCACCUGGCAAAGCUGCUGUGAAAGGGGUGGGAGUCCCAACCAAACUGGCGGGUGUGUGUUCCAGUGAAAGACUGCAUCUGGGUAUUUUUAAUGACCUUCACACGACUGGAGGCCAUGCUAAGCAGUAACUUUUUUUUGUGGUUGUAUUGAAAUAAUAAUAAUUACGAAUUACAAAGCACAAAAUAGAAGCAAAGGCCAUGCAGCAGGUGAAAAGUAGCUGCUGCUGCUGCCUCCUGAUGCCUACAGCGGCUGGUUUCACACAGACUCGAUUAGCACAGAUGUGAAACCAGCCGAGCUGCACACUGACAAUGUGACCUGCAGCAGGAUGCAGCAGCUUAGUUUUCUAUUGCAUUGCAUGUGUAAUCUUUGCAUGUACUGAGUUUGUGUUGAAAACCAGAUGACCCCAGUUGAAGGGGGGCCAGUGAUGUUGUUAGCACUCCUGUUGUUGCCAGUAGAAGUGCUUUGUGUCUAUAGAAGGCAUACAGCCAUGGUUUCUUCAGUAGUAUUUACCUUCAUAAUCCUUGUACACUAUUAAUGCGGAAGAUUUUAUACCUCAAGAAUCAUGAAACCCAGUCCUUUUUCGUAGAGGCUGUGCUGUUUCACCAGCUACCCUUUUUUCACCAGAUGCAGAUACACUUUUUAAUAAUAACACUGCAAUACUAUUUAAAAUACUGUUUGUUAUUACCUAGUCUACUUCAGCAACUGCAUUUCUAUGUGUAGAGUGAGAUGGAAGGAGUGCUGUAGAUGAUAAUUGUUUUUAAGUUUUAUUUAUGUAAUUAUGAUAUAAUUCACCAUGGACAGAAAGACUGAUGACAUUUCAGUCCUAGCACUUCUUAUUAAUUCAUCUUUCAGAACUAGUUGUCAGAUUUACUGACACUGCACACAUUCUGAGUUCUGAAUAAACACUCUGAAAGUAGCCCAGAAAUAAGUAGCUUUUUUUGUUACAAUUUCUAUAUGUUCUCAGAAUCAGAAUGUCAUCUUACAGUAGUAAAUGGAUUCUAUAAAAAGGUGUUUGUAUUACUUUUCUCAUUAGGUAAAUGUGUUUAAUUCACGAUGGAAAGGUUCGACAAAUCAAUGAUCAAUGAUCAAAGGUAUAUUCUAAAUGUAUGUUUUAGUGUAUGCGGAAUCAUUCAAUACAAAAUAAGGUUUGUACUCCACAUGCUGACUGACUGGAUAUGGUUUCAUUUUCUUUCUGAAAGUACUGAGUGCAGCGUUUCAUUAGUGUUUAUGGAUAGCUUCAGUGUGCUUCUAAUAGAAGUAGUGUGUAUAUAUGAAAAGGUGUGCGAGCAAUUGAAAUGAGUGAGUUUGUGAAGGAGGCCGCCACCCACGUAUUCCUGGUAUUCAAAGGAAAUACAAGCUGGGUGUCCUCCCACUGAACGAGAAGAGGGCACUCCCAUUUACCCUUAGUAAUCUGCCCAAGCCAUUCUUCUUACUGUUGCCUGUUUGUUUUCACCUCAAGAGCUGGUAUGUAAAUCCUUAACUCUUGCCGACUCUUCCCUACAUGGGCUGGUUGCUUGGUUGGCUCCGUUGGUUCCCUGAGACACAGAUUAGCAAAGCAGCGAUACUCAAUGCUUAGACAUUAUCAUACUAAUGUAUGUAGAGAAAUUACAAAGAAAACCAGGCAAGACAUUUUCCAAGCAGUGCUAAACAAUGUGAUUACAUUUGGUGUUCUUUUUGACCACGGAUGAAAAGGCAAUUUUACUCUAGGAACUAAUUCCUUAGAUAAACAAACCCUUCUGUUUUCAUGAAUCGUCUGCUGUUUGUUUAUAUACAGUAGUAUAGCUGCUGAUCCUGUAAACACCCCAGUCGGCUUGUAUUGGUGUGCACAUCUCUGUGUAGAAGAUUCAACACCUUUUAUAGAAAAACAAAGUGGUGAAAGAAAUACCUCGAAUGAGAUGAUAAAACCUAAAACCAUUAGCUUACAGUGAAAUGAACACAGUGACUGCUAGAGAGUAGUUCUGAGUAAACUGGGCAUGAUUACUCGAUUGUUUAUUAUUAAAUAUUGGGCCAAAUUACAAAAAUCCCAGGUGAAUUGUAUAUUGGUUCCCUCUGUAUAUCAUUAUCUUUAGGUCACUUAAAUGCUGCUGCUAUUAAUCGCAUUGGGGUCUGUUUGGAUCAGAAUAGCCACACUACAGAGAGCUCUGGGGUAUGUGAAAUGAAGUAGACCUUAUUUUUGAUCAGGGUUAUCUUUGUAAAAUAUGCUGUGUUCAUAAAUAUAUUCCGGAAACUUAACAGAGCUAAGAAAAAAAAAAAAGAAGUAAAGCCGUGGUAAGACACAUCACUCAACACAUCAAAAGACAACUCCACUAUUUAGGACUAAUGUGGGAAUGCAGUUACUGCACAAGCACUCUGAGUAUUCAUGUACUUGUAAGAAUGUUUGCGGCAUUUCAACAAACAUUGUAAAAGUAUGUUCUUAAAAAGGUAGCUUUUUUUUCACAUAUUCAGCAAAACCUGGUAUCAUAGUUUCCAUAACACUUUACAUGUAACUGUUACUACCUGUCUAACUUGCAUUUCCUUCUGGCACACGUGUAAGUUAAUGUUCAUUUGUAUUUCUUUAGUGGCAUGCAUAUAUAUUCUACAUUGUGCUUUGCUUGCCAACUCUCAGGGAAUAUUUUUUUUUUUUUUUUAGUUAAUGACUGCAACUAUGUAUCAGUUUCUGUGCUGAAAAGGAUAUAUAACCUGUUUGUUAUUUGAAGAAAACUAAUCUUUAAAAUGUUUAAGAUCCAAAAUUUGUAAGCAGUAAUCUCGUAACAAAUUCUUCAACGACAAACAAAACCUUUUUUUUUUCUUUUAAUGUCGGAAACAAUUGGUGACUAGGGUGUAAUUCUGAUUAUUAAACGUUACAAACUGAAGAUAAGGGGAAUUGAUAAAGCAAGUUCCACAGAACGCAAAA